AUGGCCACCGAAGCUGCCCCUCAAGAUCUCUCCUCCACCAUCACUAACCCCUCCGAUAUCCCAGCUAUCGAAAAUGGCUUCGCUGGAAAAUCUAUAGAAGGAACUUCUACCAUCCCCUUGUUCCAUCCCACUCCCACAGACCCUUCUAAAUCCGAAAGAGCCCUUACACCGGGGCCUACAGACCCGGCCACCCCACCUAAUGACCCAAUCCCGGACACAAACUCUACAAAUCUCAAUCUCUUAUCCGCUGAAGAUCACGCUGGCGUACAAGCUCCCAGCUUACUCAGACCUUCAUCUCCCGCACCACUAAAUUUGAGCGCUGCCGCUGCAUCUCCAGCCUUGUCCUCAAAGAGUCUAGUGGAUACACCGCCACAGACGGCUGGAUUAGAUGAUAAUAAUUUUGCUACCAAUAGCUCCUCGGAUCCGUUAGGAAUUUCGAUACCCGAUGCUGGUAUCCCAAGAGAGGAGAUUUCAACGGUUAACGAAGAUCCCGUGGAGUUAGCGGCUACACCUGUGAUUGAGCAGACUACACCUUCGGAAUCAGCAGCAACAUCGCCUCUUGUUGGAGGGGAAACACCAGCUUCACCGUUAUCUAAAUCCCAAAAGCUAAAGGCUAAAAAGAAGGCAAGAAAAGCAAGACAGAAGGCUGAAGCCGAUGCUGCAGCGUUGGUGGAGGGUUCUGCUGAGGCAUCGAGUCCGAACCCAACAGAGGAGGGUGCUCCUACAGAAUCAGAACCAGUCCCGGAGACAGUUGCUAGCACAAGCACAAUACCGGACGUUGUAGAAAGCACACCAGUGGUAGAAGAGGCAAAAGAAGCCGCCCCAGUCGUAUCUCCCCCAGAACUUGAGAUCACUAUCCCCACAAAUACAUCUGGGGACGAGGUUCCAUCGAUAGCUGUUGAAGAAUCCGUCCCAACAUCUGCAAAAGAAGACGAAAUCGCUGAAGCUAAGGCUGAUCCGCAAACUGUGGAGACACAUACUUCGUUGGACCUUCCCGAGACUGAAGAAACGCUGGCCGCUAUCACACAUGUCCCGGAGACACCGGUGGAGUCAACAGUUCCAACAGAAGAGUUGAAGAACGAGGUUGUAGCAGAGCCUACAGUCACGCUUUCCGCUCCAGCUUCUGAAGAAAAGGAUGUAAUUCCUGAAUCCCAGGAAGCUGCACCCGUAGUCAUCGUCGAAGAACCUACCACUACAGAGGAAAAGGAAACAAAAGAUGAUGAGCCAGUUGCUUCGACACCAGCAGCUCCGGAAAUCGCGGUUGAAGAAUCGAAACCAGUAGAGGUCGAAACUACAACGACAGCCCCAGUUUCUGAGGACAAAGAUGAAGCUUCCGAACCUACAGCAACUACCACCACCACCACCACCACCGAAACUGUUGAGCCACCUGCAACCGUCGUAGAAGAAUCUAAAUCUGUCGAGCCGGAAGCUACCCUGCCAGCUGCCGCCCCUGAAUCUGAAGAGAAGGAUACUUCAGAGACUCCGGCCGUCACACAAGAUGCUGUUGAUGGACCUUCCGUGGUAGAAAACAAGGAAGAGAAAGACGAUUCUGCAGUUAUACCUACCGCAGAAGCACCCGAGAUCCUGGAAACCAAGCCCGAGGAGCCCGCUUUAGUGGAGACAAAGGAGGAGAAGGACGAUGUUGUAGUUCCACCUACCGCAGAGGUAUCCGAGGCCCCAGAAAGCAAGAUUGAGGAGCCUUCUUCGGUAGAAACUAAGGAGGAGAAGGAACACGAUGAAUCCCCAGCUACAGUCUCAACUACAGAUGCCGCCCCUGCAGCGGUUGUAGAAGAAACCAAGCCAGAGGAGCCAGAAACUGCACCAGUAGCCCCAACUGAGACAGAAGAAGCCAAGGUUGAAGCCCCACCCGCUACCAUUGAAGAAUCCGUGGAAGAGAAGUCAGCAGAUGCCCCAGUCACAACCGAAGCCGUCGAAGAACCCGCUACCAAGGCCGAAGACCUUACUGCGGAAUCCAGUGGCGUUGUUGUUCCAGUAGCGGAGGAGAAGGAACAAGAAGCUCCUCUCGAAACCCCUGCUGCUCCCCAAGUAGUUGAAGAAGCACCAUCUAAAGAGGAGGACAAGCAUGUUGAAGCUGAAGCUUCAAGCACUGUUGUUGUUCCAAUCGUCGAGGAGAAGGACGAGACUUCAGAAGCCCCAGCCGCCGAAAAGGCCGUCGAGCCAACAUCGGUUGAGGAGCCAGUUCUGGAAAGCGGCAGUAAGCCAGAGGCCGACGAAGACGUUUCGGUGAAGGCUGUAGCCGACGAACCUGCUGCUGUGGAGCCUGCUGUUGUUGAGCCAACCAAGGAGGGAGAGAACGUUCAGGAGCCCGCCGAAACCGAAGCUCCAGUCGUUCCAACCGUUGUUGCAACAGAACACACAGUCGCCGACGAGAAGGCAGAAACAAAGGAAUCCGAGCCUGAGGCUGAAGCCAAGGAAUCCACUGAAACUGAAGCGGUGGACGCCCCCAAGGAAGAUGAGACACCUACAGAAGCCGCCCACGAACCCAAGAUCGAAGAGGUUAAGGACGUCACAGAAUCUGAGGCCACAACUGCUGCCGCUCCGGAGACACUGGAGACAGUUGCAAGUGAAAAGGCACCGGAAUUAACUAUUGAACAGACCGAAACCGAGGUUCCUGCCACCACAGCCGAUAUUGCUAUCCCCGCACCCGAAGAACCAGUUGCAGAGACAGCAAUAGUUGAAGAAGCUGAGAGCAAAGCCGUCAAGGAGGAUGAACCAGAAUUUGCCCCAGCUGUGGUAGCUUCUGAGCUAGAGACCCUGGAGAAGAACGAGCCCACACAGGAAACCAAAGAGGAGGAGGCUGUCCCCGCUCCGGUUGUCGAAAGCCACAAGGAAGAAGAAGUCACUAAGCCAACCGAAACAGAGCCCGAGAAGACCCAGGAACCUGAAGAGGUACCACAGGUUCAGGAAGAAACUCGCACUGAGGAGACCAGCGAAAAGCCAACUUUGGACGAAGAUGGCAAGCCAUUCGAAGCUCCUAUCUCCACCGAAGAUGCUCCAAUUCUCGCUGCCAUAGAAGAAGUCCAGAAUGCCGAAGACAAGGCCGAAGACAAGGCCGAAGUGGUUGAAACCCCAGCUCAAGAAACGGCUGCUAUCGUCGAUGUCCCCGAAACUUCCCAGGCCAGUGAACCAGCUACUGAAGAAACGGCGGCUCCAACGGAACCAGAAACGGAGGCAUCAAGCGCAAUUGUUGUUCCCGUGACUGAAGCAAACGAAGUUAAAGAAGAGUCACCCAUUGUCGACGAUAAAGAAACCCCAGCCGAAGCGGUGCAAGAAACGGAACCAGUCGCUACUGAGAAGGAUGCUGUCCCUGAUGUACACGAGGAGCCGGCUUUAGUAAAGGAAGAGACAUUGAGCAGCGAGGUCACUGAAUCUAGCGCGGCUGUUGUUCCAACGACCGAAGAGGCCCCUGCUGUUGAAACUUCUGAGGUUAAAGAGGAAGUACCUACCCCGGAGAAACACGAAGAUGAAGCACAUGUAGAGAAGGAAACUCCAACUGCACCAGCCCCGGAAGAAACCCAUAGCCACGUCGAAAAGUCCGAUACGGCCGAGGAGCCUGUCGCUGCCGAUAAGGAGGUCGCAACAGAAGAAACCGCCAGCACAGUUGUGGUUCCAAUUGUCCAAGAAGAAACCCCAGUUGUUGUUGAGGCUGAAAAGGCUGCUACUCAAGAACCGGAGGAAGAUAAGCUAGCUGAGCCAAGUACCGCAGAACUUCCACAGGAGAGCGAUGGUCACCUAGAACCCGAACAAACCACUGUAGUAGAAGACAAGGAAACUCCCUUGGAGCCUGUUGCAGAUGUCGAAACUAAGACCGAGGAGCCAGCAGUUCCAGAAACCAACGUUGAGGAGGCUGUUGUCCCGCAAGUCGACGCUCCGACAGCCGUUGAAGAAAAACCAGAGACUGAGGAGAGCGCCGCUGUUUCCGAGCCAACUGCUGUCGAACCAGAGGCAUCGAAGCCAUCCGAAGAACUAGUUGCACAGGAACCAACUACUGAAGAAGUUCCAGUCAAAGAGCCUGUGGUUGACGAAGCUGAAGUUGCAAAGAGUGAGCCCGUAGACACCAAAUCCGAUGAGCCUGUUUCUGAAUUGAAGGAAGAGAUCCCAAUCAAGGAGUCCGAGCCCGAAGUUCAAGCCCAGGAACCCACUGAAUCUACACCUACCCCUGCUGUAGAGGAGGCCGCUGAACAAAACGAGGCUGUCCCAGAAGCUAAGGAAGAGAAGGAAGACGUUCCCGAAGCCACAGCAGUUUCUGCAGUUGUCUCGGAACCCGAGACCACUUCUGAAACCAAAGAGAGUACAGCUUCGAGCGAAGAGCCAGAGAAGUUGGCGGAGCAGCCUACCGCUGUGGAACCUGAGACCAAGGUCGAAGAACCAAUAACUGAGUUGGCUGAGGAAGUUCCCGUCAAAGUCGAUACAGAGGAGCCUACCGCCGCCCCGGUAGAGGAAGCCGCCAAACUAGAAGACUCCCCCACAGCUGUUGUAGAAGCGACUAAGGAUGAGCCCUCUGAGGAGCCGAUCUCGACCGAAGCCGUAAAGGAAGAUGAGCCAGUCCUAGUGGAAGCUCCAAACGAUGAACCACCAGUGGCUGAGACUAAAGAAGACAAGGUUGCCGAGCCUACAACCCAGCAUGAACAGCUGACGGAAACUUCAGAACCAGUAGCCGAAAGCAAGCCAGAGGAACCAGUUUCUGAAGCUGAGAUCAAAUCGGAGGAACCCCAACCUGUUGUCGAGAAGGAAGAGGAACCCGCAGUAAUCGCAAAAGAGGAACCUGUUCAGGCUUCUGAGGCUGUUACCGAACCUGAGGCCACCACUGCUGAGGAUACCAAACCCGAACAUUUGCCAACUAACGUUGAGCCUGAAUCUGCUCCAACUUCUGAGCCGGUUGAGCCAGAGGCCGCCCCAGUUGAGACCGCCCAAGAGCCCACACUCGAACAAGAUGAUACCACAGCUUCUGCUGAAGAGCCUGCCACCGAAGAGGCCAAAGAAGAAGUUGCCCCGGCAGUUGAAAAGGCUCUCGAGCCAGCAGAAGAAACCCCAGUUGCGGAGACUGUUCACGAAAAGGAGCCAGUCACAGAAAGUGAGCCCGUCGUCGCCACCCCAGAGGAGUCGAAGGAAGAAGUUUCUGCUGAAGGAUCGUCAACUGUCGAGGUCCCUGUGGUUAUUUCGACCGACGAGCCCGCCAAACCAGUUGAACUCGAAACAGCUCCUGCGGCAACUGAAGAAACGGUUGCAGAACCCCAGACCACAACCGAGGCUGAGAGCGAACAAACUGUAGAGCCCGUCACCGAGGAAACCUCAAUUGUUCCCGAAGUCGCUCCGACAGCCACCGAACCAGUCCAAGAAGGGGCUGUUCCGGAAGCUCAGGAAGAGCAGAAGGAAGAGGUUCAUGAACAGCCAGUCAUCAGCAGCGAAGAAGUUCCAAGCGCACCUGAACCUACUGCUGCCGCUGUCGAGGAUCCAGUUGCCCAGGAAUCUACUGAAGAUAAGAAGGAUGAUUCUCACAUCGCUGAAGCUGUCGUUGGCGGUGCCGCAAUCCUUGGAGCUGGAGCUGUUGCCGCCGAGCUACUUUCUAAGGAUGAACCUGAGGAAGCUGUCAAGGAGGUCGAAACUCCCGCCACAGUCGAGGAACCCGAAACUAAGCCCGCACCAGAGUCAGUGGAACUAGAAGAAAAAGUCCAGGAACCAGUCGCUGAAGCGCCCGCCGUUACUGCCACCGAACCUACUGAGCCGAAAGAAGAAACGUUACAAACCGAGUCACUCGAAGUUAUCUCCUCUGAUACUCUCGACAAUGUCAAACCCAAGCUUGCUGACGAAGUCACCCCUGGUGUCUCCGCCCAGUUUGCUGAAGGAGAGACGGAGCCCGUGGGUGAAGAAAAGGCAGCUGAUUUUGACGUUGCUACUGCCACCAGCGUUCCUACUCUGAUUGGCGACGUUGAGAUCGACCAAGACGAACUUCAAAAACCAAAGGAGGAUAUUCCAAAGGUUUCUGAAAUUCUCGAGGAAACUCGGGAAGCUGAGCCCGUGGUUGAGAGCCAGCCAGCUCCAGAGUCAGUUGCAACCGAAACAAUCACCGAGAGCGAAUCAGUCCAACCUGUGUCCGAAGCCGUUACCGAGGAACCACACCAACCUACUCUCGAAAGGAGCCUCGAAGAGCCCCAGGCAGUCGAGGAGCCAGCCAAGACUGAAGAGGCAGUCCCUGUCGUCGAGCCUGUCGCUGAGCAUGUCACUGAGCCUGUCGCUGAGCAUGUCACUGAGCCUGUCGCGGAACAUGUCACUGAGCCUGUCGUCGAAACUGUCGCCAAAGUUGAAGAGCCAGCCGAGGAAUCUGUCAAAGAACCUGAAGCCCACUUUGAAGAACCUGUUAAAGAGCCUGAAGCCCCCGUUGAAGAGCUUGUCAAGGAGCCAGAAGUUCCAGCUGAAGAUAAGGUCGACGAGUCGAACUUGAUCCCAGUCAUCGCUGCUGGCGCCGCCGUAGUUGGUGCUGGAGCUGUGGCUCUCGCCGUUCACGAAGGUUCUAAGGAUGAGAACGAGCACGUCGAGGCCCCAGAGGAAAAACCCGUCCUAGAAUCCGCUCCGGUCGAAACUGAGUCAGUAGUCCCCGAGGCAACUACUAAGGAGAUUGCGCCAUUAGCCAUCGAGAAUGCCACUGUUUUGUCCACUCAACCAGGGCAUGUCGAAGAAAGGCAACUCCUUGAGCUUCCACCAGCUGGUAGUGGGGAAGGGCUCGUCUUUUCCGAUGAAUUAGCCAAAGAAUUGGAGGCUUCUGAGAAACUACUUAUCGAAGAAGCACAAAAAGAAGCCGAGGCUGCAUCUGGAGCUCCAUCUGAGAUCCCACCAAUCGCCCCUCCAAGGACUUUAGCCGAUAUCGUCAACGUCGAGCCAGCGGUUUCCGUUGAAGCACCAGCACCCGUUGAAGAACCAACAGUCGUUGAAGCACCAGUGGCUGUUGAAGAACCAGCAGCUGUUGAAGCACCGGUCACCGUCGAAGCUCCAGUGGCCGAAGGUAGCACCUUGCAAGAGGAGGUUAAAUUGGAAGAACAAAACAAAGAGAACAAGACUGAAAGCAAAGAAAUAAUUGAAGAAGCCCAAGAAAAUAAGGAAGAGAAGAAGGAGGAGGGUAUUAGCACUAGUGAUAUUCUUCUUGGAGCAGCCGUCGGAGCUGGAGUAUUGGGAGCUGGAGCUGCCGGUGCAUAUGUAAUUGCGAAUGGAAAGAAGGCAGAGAAGGAAGUUCCAAAUGAGGUUUUGUCUGUUGAGAACAAGAAGCCAGAGCCUGUCGAGAGCAAACCAGAGACUGUGGUUUCGCUCGAACAUAAAGAACCUGUAGUGGCGCCAAUCGCUGCCGCACACGCUAACAUCGUUGAGACUCCGCGCCAAUCCGUGGAAGCUACCGAAGCACCAGGCAGCCCAUCCCGCCAAAACCACGUCAAGGAUCUUUUGCACCGGCUGAGCUCGCGCCCAUCCUCGCCAACCGGAGACGAAACCCGGCCAAACUACUUCUCGAAUCUCAGCAACGCUACCGCCACCCGCGAAGUCGAGACCGCCUCUCAAGAAGCGACCCAAUACCGCGAGCUCGAUAACCGCAAGAGCAUGCCUUUGCUUUCUGCCGCGGAUAUUCCUGGUGGACCAUCAACCAUCGUCACUGAGGGCGAAUCCAGCAAAGACAAAUCGGCACCUUCUGGGCCAGCUGACGCCACGCCAGAAGGACAAGGAGACCGAAACGUGGAAGUGGAGGAGACAACUGGCGAGAGUGGUGAUUUGGCUGUUCCGGCAGCUGGGGAUGAUGUUAGGCCCACCACGUCCAGAGCACCUACCAUUGUAACGAGCCAGAGCAAGAAUCGUCGCAUUGCAACAGCAUUUUUGCAUAUCUUCUUCUUUUCGUGGUUUGGAAGUGCCGGCAGGUUUUUCAGCGGAUUGUUUGGAAAGGGCAAGAAGAACAAGACCACAGCGAGCGAGCAAGCUGCUGCUGGAAAAUAA